AUGAGGCGUGCAGGUGGGGAACAACAGGAUAUCGAAGAUGCACAACAUCCAGAGCCAUUGAAAUAUAAAUUCGAGUUGGAUUUGGUGGAGAAAUUGAGACGGGGCGAGGAUUUGAUAACGAAUGAGGAGGAAUUUAGACCGAAGAAGACGGAGAGUGUGUUCGGGGAGCGAUUGCUGGGGAGGUACUUCAAUCCGCUGGCUGAGAAGUUUAGGAAAUAUUGA